AUGCCUACGACGUCGCCAUGCACACUAAGAAGCGAUCCGUUGACUGGCGCAAAGGGCGUGCAUUCUCAAGAGGCAGCUAAAGCAAAUCAUUACAACCAUAACUUUCAAAAUAGAUUCUGUGGUUGUGGGGAAGAGUAUGACGCAGCUCAGGAGAAGGGCACAAUGUUUCAAUGCCUAGGCUUAGGUACCGUGGAGACAGGGGAGUGCGGGGAGGACUGGUGGCAUCCGGAGUGCCUGAUGGGUCUCCCUCGUAACUGGCGCAGAUUGAAAACGUGUGCAGCAGAGCAACCAAAAGCAGAAAACAGUGUGCUCUCCACAUCGGAAGCACUUGAGUUGGACGAAGAUCACUCAGCCCCGCCUGGCUUCCCACACGAGGACGACUUUGAGGCGCUAUUGUGCUUCAAAUGUGUCGAGUCAAAUCCUUGGAUUAAGCAGUACGCCAGUGCUCCAGGAUUCCUCCCACCCUUAUUUAAGCAUGAUAACGCUCCAGCUGCAGCCGUCGAUGCAGAAGUGACGGCGCUUGAAACAGGUUGCACGAGCAAAAUAAUUUCUUCGACAUUGGAUGAGCCAAGAAAGCGAAAAGCAAACGAUGAAAAUGAUUUGCGAUCAUCAAGUCCUUUUAAGCGAGUAAGACAGGAAUCGCAGCCACCAUCGACAGAGAGUGGCCUUCAAACAAACGACAACAUGACAGCACAACCAAAGCAAAAGCACGAUUUCUUGUCACCAGCACCACAGGGCACAUUUUCGUUAUUCCUUAAAGAGGAUUUCCGGGAUCACAUCUGUCACUGUCCAAGGUGCUAUCCGAAUAUAAUCCCACACCCGCAGCUCCUAGAGGAAGAAGACACAUAUGAGCCACCAGUAUCCGAGUCUGGAGAAUCGGAUGGAGGCCCAGGAUCAGGGGUUCGCAGUCACGGUACUGGCAGCCUUCUCGAGCGGGGAGAGGCGGCAUUGAAUAACAUGGACAGAGUGAGGGCGAUUGAAGGUGUCAUGGUCUACAAUCAUCUCAAGGACAAAGUGAAGGAUUUCUUGAAACCAUAUGCGGAAAGUGGGAAGGCCGUGGGAGCAGAAGAUAUCAAAGCAUAUUUUGAAAAGCUCAGAGGAGACGACGCUGCGAUCAGAGAAGCGGGAACUAAACCAGGUAACCACGACGAGGACAAGGAGAACGACGGAGGAACAGACUACUGCAAAGAACAGAGGGGGUGUUGA